AUGAUCACGGCAUGCAGCAUCCUUAAGGUAGAGUGCUUCAACUAUCGGCACGGCUUGACUUUGUCCUCGUGUAUCACCGAGAUUCUAGAUAUCAAUGAGGGGAGAAAUACAUUCGAUGGAAAUAUGAGAUGGAAAGUUCUUGCGCGAUGCGCAACCCUUGUGCCCAACGAAAGUUCUUUGGAAAGAGAGUGAAUCAGGAAAAACAAGUUAAGACGAGGCGUUGAACAUUUCAUGUCGAUCAAAGUUAUCAGAUAGAUAGCAUGGUUCUAGAUUAGACUUGUCAACGACUGAGAGCAAAGGUCGUAGUAGCAAAAUAUCGUUGGAUGC